AUGGAGGAAGAGCCGGAGGCUCCAGCGGCCGGGAAGAAGCCAGGCGACGGAGGGUGGGCGUGGGGAGUGGUGUUCCACUUCUUCCUGGUCAACGUCCUGGUGAUGGGGAUGCUCAAGACCUUUGGGAUUUUCUUCGUGGCUUUCCAGGAGGACGUGGGGGGUUCCUCCGAGCAGGUCAGCUGGAUCGGCUCCAUCAUGUCCUCCCUGCGCUUCCUAGGAGGUGAGCUGGUGUCCUGCCUGCUGAGCCCCCGGCCCCCCACUGUCCCCUUCCUCUGCGUCUCCAUGGGGCUCCUCCUGGGGAUGGGCUUCGCCUGCCUCUACCAGGCGGCCGCGGUGAUGACGGCCAAGCACUGCAGGACGCGGUUGGCUUUUUCCAACGCCAUCGCCCGCUCCGGGAUGGGGUUGACGUUUCUAAUCGCGCCUUUCACUCAACUUCUCAUCGAUUUUUACGGCUGGGCAGGGGGGUGAGCGCGUACUCUGCUGAUUUUCGGCGGCAUCAUGUUGAACCUCGUGCCUUCCAGCAUGCUGCUGCGACCCGCCCGCGCCCAGGACCUUCCCAGCACGGAGAGACUCCCGUCCCGCGGUGGAGACGUCUCCGGUCCGGUAAAUCCAUCACCUUCGGAAAGGGUUGAGAAACGCCCCGUGGCCUCGCCAGAAAUAGCCACCGAGGGGAAAAGAAGCUGCAAAUCCCUUCCACCGAGCGCAAAAGAGAAUUCCCAGCCUCUCCUCGACUUCUCGCCGCUGAAGGAUCCCGUCUUCUGCAUCUUCACGUGGUCUUUCAUGUUCAGCCACUUGGCGUACUUCGUGCCCACCUUCCACCUGGUAGCGAGAGCCCGGACGCUGGGAAUAAGCAGCAUGGAUGCUUCUUACCUUAUCUCCGUGGCUGGCAUCACGGAGACAGUCAGCCAGCUGCUCUUGGGCUGGAUCGCUGACCAGAACUGGACCAAGAAGUAUCACUACCACAUGGCUUACCUUGUCCUCGGCGGCGUCACCAACCUGCUCUGUCCUCUGGCCACCACCUUCCCCUUGCUCAUGACCUACGCGGUGGCUUUCGCCGUUUUCUGCGGUGGCUUCAUGGCUCUGGUCCUCCCUGUGCUG